AUGGAUUCCUCUAAUGGAAAAGUCUCGCCAUCAGUAGCCUUAACACCAGAGAUGGUUCCAUCUAAUGGAACGACUUUGACACCAGAGAUGGGUUCUUCCAACCAAACAGGUGUAACUCUCGAAUAUCAAGAACCAAAGAUGGAUUGCUUCAACCGGAUGGUAUUGUCGCAUUGGGAAGCCUUCUCAGGUGCAAUUGAAGAUGAAGUUUCUGGACUCGAGCCAAUAAGAGCCGAUGGCUCUAAUUUAAACCUAGCGACCCUGGUUGCCAUCGCGAGCGAAGGAGCAACCGGCAAAAUGAAGAAAAGUGCAGAGGCUUUGCAAAAACGGAUUCAAAACGGCGAGUCAAUUUAUGGUGUUAAUACUGGUUUUGGUGGAAGCGCCGAUGUUCGACCAAAGAACGUCUCUGAAGUAUCUGCAAGCUUAUUUCGAAUGCUUCAUUACGGAGUUAUCUCUAGCCCUCUAGACAGUCUUCAUGUUGAAGAGUUAGCAACAAACGAUUCAGUGAGCGAUAUUGAAUCGAAGGAGUCUACAGCUGCGAAACUAGCAAGACUGGCUAUUCCUUUGUCUGAUCCCGUCUGCUCAACCACCAUGCCAGAGAGCUGGGUUCGUGGAGCAAUGGCCAUUCGUGCCAAUACGCUUGCCAAGGGAGCCUCUGCAAUUCGACCAGUCAUUGUCCAAUCUUUGUUCGAUCUUUUAAACAAGGAAAUUAUCCCCGCUGUGCCACUUAGGGGAAGUAUAUCUGCUUCCGGUGACCUUAGUCCAUUGUCAUACAUUGGUGGAGCAUUGGAAGGAAAGCCGGCGAUUCAGGUUUAUGUUGAUUUUGAUCGAAAACUUUUCCAACCUAAAGAGGGAUUGUCGUUGGUCAAUGGAACAGCAGUAACAGCUGCUGUUGCAUCUUUAGCCAUGCACGAAGCUGUUAUGCAAGCUCUGCUUUCACAAAUCCUUACUGCUAUGUCUGUUGAAGCACUCUCUGGUACGGACGAAAGCUUUAAUCCUUUUUUCGCUGAGGUCAGACCCCAUAGAGGUCAAACGGUAUCAGCGAAAAACAUCUACUCAUUCUUGGCUGGUUCCAAGUUGACAAAGGGAAAUGAUACCCAGGAAUUUCAUUUACGUCAAGAUCGUUAUUCUAUUAGAACUGCGUCACAGUGGAUCGGUCCAUCACUAGAGGAUCUUUUGUUGUCCUAUGAGCAGGUAUCAAUUGAAUUAAAUUCCACCACUGAUAAUCCCCUUGUUAGUGAUGACGGAAAGAUGCAUCAUGGUGGAAAUUUCCAAGCGAAGUCCAUCACAAGUGCCGUGGAGAAGACUAGACAAGCUUGUCAGUCAAUUGGUCAAAUGUUAUUUGCACAAUGUACCGAACUGAUAAAUCCAGCAACAAACAACGGCCUUCCUCCUAAUCUGGUGGCAGAUGAGCCGAGCGAAUCCUGGAUGUUUAAAGGUAUUGAUAUUAUGAUCGCGGCAUUGCAAUCUGAGCUUGGCUUUCUGUCUAACCCCGUUGGUUCACAUGUUCAGACGGCUGAAAUGGGCAACCAAGCUUUGAACUCUCUGGGACUGAUCUCGAGUAGAUAUACGCUAUCGGCUUUGGAAGUUCUGACGCAGCUUUCUGCGGCACAUCUAGUGGCUAUAUGUCAAGCUCUAGAUCUUAGAGGAAUUCAGGAUUUAUUCUUUAUGAAUUUGAGGCCUAAGUUUGAGAGCUCUUUCAAUCAGAGCCUUGGAAAAUAUACCCAGGAACGUCAUGGUCAAUGCGACUCCAUGGAGACGAAGGAACUAUCCGAGUUACAACUGCUCCUCUGGGAUAAACUGACAAUAACUCUCAAUCGAACCUCAAAUAUGGACUCGAUCACGCGCUUUGAACAUGCAGCUCAGUCGCUUCAGGCAGCCAUUCUUGAUAAGUUGGAGCCCAGUCUGAAUAUGUUGCAAGCUUUAAAAGACUGGACGAAAGUAUGCUCGAAGCAAAUGAUUGACACCCACAACAUUGCAAAGAGAAAAUAUUCCGAAUCAAUCGGGGUCGCUAAGUUCUUUUUGGGCAAAGCUGGUGAGCGGAUGUAUUGUUAUGUACGCAAUGAGCUUCACAUCCCUUUCGUUGACGAGGAAUACCUCAAGUCUUCGGAAUGGUCGCCCGAUACGCCUAACUCAUAUCAAUCCAUCGGAAGUAUGGUAACUGCGGUAUAUGAACGUAUGAGAUCGGGUGAAUUAUAUUCGGUUGCUAUCGAACGCACUACCAGCGCAAAUAAUCUCAUUCUAUACAGUUUCAAGCAGGAUUCUACAUUAGAACACCUCGUGCGUAUCGGAAUGAAUAUGGACAUCCCCUCAGCUUCUGAUUCAAUUGAGAAUGCUGUUGAGAUGGGUUCGAAAUCUGAAGAAAUUCCGAAAGCUAGUGAGACUGGCAAUGAUGAGACCAGUAAUACUUGGGUAUCGUGGACUCCUGGCAGUGGAAGUGUGAAAGGACCUGUGAAAACAUUUCAUAGAAAGACUAAGACUGGGUGUAUAAGAUGUAGGAUAAGGAAAGUGAAAGUAGGUGGUUUAUUUCCUCCGGCACGUGGUGCUUGCGAUGAAUGCCAGCCAAGUUGCCUCAAUUGUAAACGGCAUGAAGUAGAAUGUAAAUACGAUUCUACUACAUGCAGAAAGGUUACAGAGAAACCCAACACAGAAAAUGUCACUGCCAAAGACCUACGGACUAAAUUUCCCGAGACCGCCGAAAGACGUCUACAAGAACUUACCCUGCUUCAUCAUUACACAACCAACACGAGCCGAACAGUAACAUUUACUAAUUCCGCCAAUCCAGACCAAACUGCUAUCGACAUAUUUACAAAAACUGUUCCUGAAAUCGCUCUAACAAACGAAGCACUUCUAUAUUCUAUAUACUGUAUAUCAUCCCUCCACCUCAAUGACCAAACAACCUCAUCCACCCCCAAUACCUCUCUAAUAGACGCCUACACCUACCUCGAUACAACCCUCCGACUCCACCGCCAAGAAAUCCACCACCUCACCCCCCAAAACGCCGACGCCAUCUGUCUAACCUCCAGCAAUCUCCGCGUCUGCGCCUUCGCCAUGCUUCAAAACCGUUCUCUAUCCCCCUACACUCCGCCCUCUGACUGGAUAAACAUAACCCGCAGCGCAUCGAUGGCUUUCAAAACCGCGUGUCAGUGCAUCUCAUCCAAAGAUCUAGACGCAAACGACGAAGCGCAGAAUAAGAGCGUUGCGUGGAUGUUUGUGAAACGCAUGCCGGUUUUGGCGCACCCUGUGGAAAUGUUCGAUCGAGAAAAUGCGGGGAAAUAUAUCCAUUUACUGAGGAGAAAUCAUACGGAUUGGGAAAAUGAGGAGUGGAGUGAAGAGAUUGAAAAGGCGUAUAAAACUACGGCUUGUUUCCUGGGAUAUGUGUAUAAGCAUAUUGAAGCGAAAGCGAAUCCAGCGGUAAUUGCGCGGUUGUUGAUUGGUUUUCCAUUUUUUAUCGAGCAGCGCUUUGGGGAAUUGGUUCAAGAGGGAAAAGAGAGAGCGUUGGUUUUGUUGGGGAUUGUUUUCGCGCUGUUUGUGAGGGUUAGGAAGAUUUGGUGGAUUGGGGGGUGCGGGGAGAGAGAGGCGAGGGGGAUAUUGGGGGUAUUGGGGGAUGAAUGGCGGGAUGUGAAGGAGGAGAUUAGGGGGUUGAUUGGGGAAGGUGAGAAGGACGUAUAUGAGUUUAUUUGA